CAGUGCUGCUCCUGCGUAACUCUUUUUAGUACUUUACACGAGUGCUACUGUUUAGAUUUUACGUGAAGGUAAUGCAGUGUGGCGUAAUACUGUAAUAUAGUAGCUCGCUUCUUAACGAAGCGACGUUUACUUCGGUAACUUUGUGUAGUCGUGCUAACUACGCUUAGCAUUACACAGUCGAAUCCAUUGGCAUACAGCCCUGAAAACGCCAUCGAUGCUCACCAGUCGUGCUUAAUCGUGUGUCGGGGUAGUAAAAACGCGCACUUGAAUGGUGACAAACAAAGCUUAAAGAACUUAAUACGUUGGGUGUGAUCGUCGCGCGGAUACGUGGCCUAGCAACGCGAAAUAAUUCAGCUGCGCCAUAAAGUCCAAGAACCGAACCCGGUCGUCUACUUUGCGUACUCGAUGCGGUUUCAUCCGAUCAGUGAGUGACACACACAGCAUAUUUAAUGCUGAGUUGUCCCUAAAUCGUUCUGGCCCGAAGCCACAAAAUCGAAACUAAUAGGAUUAAGGUAUCUAUGGUUUUGUAAGCCAACGCGGCAGUAAUGUAGGGGAUCGUCUGUUGAUGUAACGUGCAUUUCGCAACUAUGCUCCCUCUGUCCAGGAAAAAACGGCAAUAAAGAUGGUUAAGAUCUUUGUUGGCAACCUAUCCUCAAGCACGACCGCGGAAGAUCUGCGCUCUCUUUUUUCUGAAUAUGGCAAAGUAAAAGAGUGUGACGUCCUGAAAAAUUAUGGCUUUGUGCACAUGGAAGGUAAGCAGGAGGCCGAGGAGGCCAUCCGCAAACUCCACCAUCACGAGCUGAACGGUCAAGCCAUCAAUGUGGAGAUGAGCAAGGGGAAGCCCAGGGGCUCCACCAAACUGCAUGUGAGCAACAUAUGCAGUGGCUGCACCAAUCAGGAGCUCCGGGCCAAGUUUGAAGAGUAUGGCCCUGUGGUAGAGUGUGACAUAGUGAAGGACUAUGCCUUUGUUCACAUGGAGCGAAUGGAAGAUGCCAUGGAGGCCAUCAGUGGUCUGGAAAACACGACCUUCCAAGGCAAGCUGAUCAAAGUACAACUGUCCACAAGUCGCCUGCGUACAGCGCCCGGCAUGGGAGACCAAACUGGCUGUUACAUCUGUGGAGAACAGGGCCAUUGGUCCAAAGAUUGCGGACGUGGUCAAAAUGGUAGCUAUGGCGGAGGCAUGGGGGGAUUCGCCGGCGGUAGAGGCCCCCCUAGGAGCGCUCCGAAUUACGGCAUGGGCGGCCCUGGGGGUCUUCCUAAUAGAGGUUACCCAGCAGGGCCGCUCCCCCCUCCCCCGCCCAUGAACCGGCAUCCAGGCUACGGCGAGUACAGCGCGGAUGCUCGAGAGCGGUACCCAAACGCUUUUCCCGAGAGGCCGCCCGCAUACGAGCGAGAGCACUACGGAAGCGUUGACUAUUACGAGAAGUUUCGGGCUCAUCCGGCUGGCACUAGCUUCUUCGAGAAUAGCAGGCCUCUCUCUAUUCCUCCUCCUCCUCCUCCCCCCCCUCCCUCUUCUUCUUCUCUCUCAAGGAUGCGGUUGGCUGCUCCCAGCCUCGAUCCCUAUGAGCACCACCCUCUGGCGCCUCCGCCUCCCACGGCAUCGGCGUACUUCUCGCGGGACCGUAGUCCAAUCAGACGUGUGGGCGCCGAUUCGGAAGGCUACUCGUACGAGCGUUCGCGACUUUCUCCGGUCUCAAGGGGCGAAAGAGAGAACUACACCGAGCGGGUUCGAUACGCAUACUAAGCCCAAACACAUGCUAAGGUGUUGGUCAAGUGAAGAGACUUCUCCACCUAAAUGACUUUGCCUCAAUCUAUCAGAUGCUCCAUCGGAUUUCAAAGACGCAGGAUUGGAUAGGCGCAUUGAUCAAUGCUUAUUAGAUCUGCGUGUUAAUGUUUUACCCAUAAUGCAAAAAGUGCUGUUUAAUUUCUCUUUUCAGUGGAAACAUCUGUGUUUGAUUGCAAGAAGUGGUUGUGAUUUUUUUUUUUUUUUUUUUUGGUUUUUGCUUUGCUUUUCGCUUACACUGAGAGGUAAGGUGGGGUGUCUCACGUCAGCGUAAUUUUAACUAUUAACGGCAAUUAAACAGACACUCUUGAAAUUUUGAAUUGUAUUUUUGUCUAAUUUCCCCCUGUCAAGUUGUGAUCCACUAUUAUUUACUCAUAUUUUUUUUUAAUGUUCCAAGACUUUUCUGGAGCUAUCGGGUUGACUUGCCACUUAAUUUCUUUGAUUUAAGUUUUGUGAGGACAAUCUGGUUAUGUUUCUUCUGGCGAUUUUUUUUUUUUUUUUUUUUUUUUUUUUAAUAAUGCCGGCAUUUUGUUUUUAGGGGAAGUGGCAAUCUGUAAUUAAUCCUGCAGCUACAAAAAGCUUUAUGGGAAAAUAAACUCAAAUUCAACAUUCCAACAUUCUUUUUAAUUAUUCGCUACGGGCGAUUGGUGUAUACACACUUUUUCAGUUUUGAGUCGUGUUUGCUUGUUGAAUUGUGUUGUAUCAAACUGGUACAUUCAACAGGAUGAUCAUCUUGUGUCUCUUGCCAAUGUCUGAAUUUUGUAGUUUGGGAGCUUGGACAUACAUUUUGAAUUUGUUUUGAUUUGUUCAUCCCCUCUAACUGAUGUGUUAGUCUUUUAAAAGUAUGAUUUGAUAUACAACCUAAAUAGUUGGGCAGCUUUUAGUGGGAUGCAAACCGUUUUGUGUUCUGUACACACAAAUGACUGUUUAUGGCAGGAGAUCUUUACAUUGUAAGAAGAUUCACCUGGAUGGAAAGGUGUACAUGUGAGUGAAUUGGAAAUUUGCAUUAGGUGUGCUGACCAACUCUCACUCAGGGCUCUAUUCACCUUUCGAGACUGCUAGCGAUUUACUGGCGAUUCUUCUUUAUGGGUGCCUUGGGAAGCUCUGUGAAAAUGUUUAUAAAUGUGAUUUUCUGUAGUUUGUAUAUUUCCUACAGAAGUCAGGAGUGUGUUUUAUGAAUUAUCUUUUGUAAUAAACCAGUAUUUUGGUGACAAAAAAAAA